AUGGCGCUGCGAGCCUGUGGUUUCAUUGUGUUUCGACGCCUUGCAAGUUGUGUUCCUCCGUCAGACAACAUCGAGUACCUGCUAUUGCAAACCUCCUAUGGACACCACCACUGGACCCCACCUAAAGGCCACGUGGACCCAGGUGAGGAUGACCUCACCACAGCCCUUAGAGAGACCAAGGAGGAGGCAGGCCUUGGCGCCGAGGACCUUCAGGUGAUUGAGGGCUUCCUGAAGGAGCUGCGCUACGAGGUGAAAGGCCGACCCAAAGAGGUACUUUACUGGCUGGCCGAGCUCCGAGACCCGGGGACGGAGGUCACUUUGUCCAACGAGCACCAGAACUACCGCUGGGCCCGGUUGGAAGACGCCUGCAGUCUAGCUGAGCAUGAUGACAUGCAGAAUACUCUGAGAGCGGCACAGAGACACUUGGAGGCUCAGCACGACAAGCAGUGA